AGUUCCUCCCAAACACUACGCUACAUAUCAGUGGUGGUGACAAAAACGUUGCAAACAAAACCAUCAUAGACCUAUAAAUCCAGCAUCUGAAAAUGUUGGCCAUGAUUAACCGUCUCCUGGACUGGUUUAAGGCUCUCUUCUGGAAGGAAGAGAUGGAGUUAACCCUCGUCGGGCUGCAGUAUUCGGGGAAAACGACGUUUGUUAACGUGAUCGCGUCGGGCAUGUUCAGUGAAGACAUGAUACCUACUGUCGGGUUCAACAUGAGGAAGGUCACAAAAGGCAACGUCACCAUCAAGAUCUGGGAUAUAGGGGGUCAGCCUAGGUUCAGGAGCAUGUGGGAGAGAUACUGUCGUGGAGUGAACGCAAUAGUUUACAUGGUGGACGCAGCUGACCGGGAGAAAGUUGAAGCCUCCAGAAACGAGUUGCACAAUCUUCUAGACAAGCCACAGUUACAAGGAAUCCCUGUGUUGGUGCUUGGAAAUAAGAGAGAUCUACCCAAUGCAUUGGAUGAGAAACAGCUCAUUGAAAAAAUGAACUUGGCUGCUAUUCAAGACAGGGAGAUUUGCUGCUACUCUAUUUCCUGCAAAGAAAAAGAUAACAUUGACAUUACACUUCAGUGGCUAAUCCAGCACUCAAAAUCAAGAAGAAGCUGAAAGAAUCUUUAACGGGCCCAGGUCUGUCCGCUGCCAUCUUACUUACGUACCACAUCCUGCUCACUUCGUGAAACUGUACAGUUCACCAUCCUGCUCCCCUCACGCCACCCUGCCUGGCUGACCCCAUAAUCCUUUACAAGCUCCUCCUCCCAACUUCAUUGGUCAUCUCAACGAUACAUCAGUCGCUAAAAGACGCUAGCCUGCAAAACGAGUUCCUCCUCUUACAGCGUGCUGUCAGAUGACCGCUUUGGAUUCUAGCUCCAGCUGCCUCCACAGGACCCAUUUGAGAUUUAUGAACAAAUGUAUUUAAAAAACAAACCUGGGAAGAAUCCAAACUUUAAUAAACCAAACCUUUCUUCUUCAGUCUGUCGGGUUUUGCUCACGUGUGCAUAUAUUAUUAUUUGGACUGACAUUCUGUCUUUUCCCCCACAAAAUGCCUCCUGACAAAUCUGUUAUACUUAGACAUGAGGAGCUGUACGGUACAUAAUGAGCUCAGCAGAAAUGUAUAAAUUAUGAUCCAGUAAGAUUUUUACAAGCGUUGAGUGCAAGUAUAUUUGAGAGGAUGAUUGUAUUGCUGGUAAAGAUGUAGUUUUCAUUUAGCUCAGUGAUGUCCUGUUCUUGAGCUGCGAGAGAGUAGGUGAAGUUAAAGUGCCUUGUGCAGUGUAUCUGUCCCUCAAGCUAACAGUAUACCGGGUGUGCCUGCCUGGAUCUAGAUUGAAUAAAGACAGCUUUAAACUGCAAGAACUGAAGGCAUGCUUUUUAAGGUUGAUUAUUGUUGUCAUUAUCAAAAAAUGUUGGAACCCCCACUAUUAUCAAUGCACUUUUGUAAAUACAAUGAACCAAUAAAUAGAUUGUUGACAUGUAA